AGGUCCUCACGAGGCAGUAAGUUGCGCUCCUGGUCUGGUUGCUCAGCCAUGCUGCCGUUGCUAGCCACGCUAGCGCCAGCGGCCUAGCGCAACCUUUGGUUAUUUAGCUCAUCUCCUGCCUCCCAUCCAACCUUCUCCAAAACAAAACACCGCGCACGAGAACAAGCUUUCUAUUUCUUCCCACAACCACUAUUUCUCGCGUCAAUACAUUCGUUUGACCUCGAUAAUACUCAAUACUCUGUACUUCAUCACCCAAAACAUCUACAUCUACAUUCUACAACCGUCAAGAUGCGUUCCGCAACUCUCUUCGUCGCCAUCGCCAGCCUUGGUCUUGCUGCUGCCCACUAUGGAUCGACUGUCACCCAGACAUCGGUCUCGACCAUCUUGAGCUGCGGCCUAGAUGUCCAUAGCUGUCCAGGUCAUCCAAGCAGCAGCGCUCCAGCUCCACCUGUUGCAACUCCCCCUGUUGUCGCUCCCUCAAGGUAAGACGUCGAUGUUGAAUCAAUUGAUGCGUUCAAAUUGACUGACUGGCUUUCAAAGUGUCCCUUGCGAGUCGGCUCCGGCACCACCUGCUAGCUACAGCCAACCACCUCCACCAGCAAGUAAGUAAUGCUUUCCUUUGUCAUUCCACCGAGUCUCGAUCUGGUUGCCGAUUUUCAUUGCAUGAUUGAAUAUUUGUACUCAUAUAUUCCAGGCUCCCCAGCAGCACCUUCAAGCGCCCCUGCUCCACCAGCCACCUAUAGCCAGCCUCCAGCUCCACCUGCAAGUAAGUAACGUUCUUCUCUACCAAUUCAACAAGUCUAAUCGUUUCUUUUCUCAAUCUGAAACAAAAGUAAUCAAAGUACUCACGUAUUGUAGGCUCUCCGGCACCAGCCCCAAGCCCAAGUACCCCAGCUUCACCACCACCUGCUGGUUACAGCCUACCACCUCCACCAGCAAGUAAGUUAAGCUUUCCUUUGUCGCUCCACCAAGUCGAUCUGAUCGGCCCUUCUCAUUAAAUACAUGAGUAUUCAUACCUGCAAAAUCAGGCUCUCAAGCACCAAGCCCAAGUGCGCCAGCACCAUCAGCCAGCUCACCUGCUCCGGCUUCAAGUGCUCCUGUACCAUCUCCAAGCGCCCCUGUUCCAAGUGGAAGUGCCCCUGCCCCAUCACCCUCUGGGCAUGGUAAGCAAUCCAUCGACUUACCUUUUCCACUCCUCUUACUGUGCUACCAAAUUCACGGGCUUUGCUAUACUAGUUGCUCGGGAAGAUUUUGCAGAAUCACAAGAUCACAGCUCAAAUUUCACUAUCCCUUCUCAAUAUAUUUUCAGUUGUCAUAGAAUAUUUAGGAAAUCCUUGACAAUGACAUGCUAAUAUGUCACAGGCUCUCCACCUGCACCAGCUCCAUCUGCCAGUACCCCUGCUACAAGCGAGACUGCACCUGCUGCUUCACCUUCUGGUUAUGGUAAGUACUCUAUCCAUGGAAUUUUCUUUCACUAGCCUGCCUUGUUAUGCUCGUUAUGCUCGUUCUGGGAAGGGAUACUUUUAUAUUACCCUACAAUAUUCAGCAUAACCCUUGGCGAUAAUAUGCUAAUACAUCAUAGCCUCGCCACCGGCUUACACUUCCACUGCUGCCAAUGAAGAUUACUCGCAAAGCGCUGCUCCGACUGGUUCAUGGCCACACACAAACUCCACUAUUACCACCGUUCAAACCCCAACGGCAGCACCAUAUACACCACCACCUCCAGCUACCUCCGCACCCGCCACCGCUCCGGCCUCAGGUGCCUCAAGCAACAUGUUGGUUUCUGGUGUAUUGAUGGGCUUAGUCGCCGUUGGUGCUUACGUCCUCGCUUAAUUUUUCGAAUCUACCUGUGAUGUGAUAUUGAAGAUGCCACCUUUGUCAGGCAUAUACGUCACUGCAUAGUACGAUUUGUAUGAUAAGAUGACAAAUUUUCAAUUGGUCUAAGGAGAGGAACAAUUAAUAACGUAAUGGUGGAAGAUAAGGGCGAGGGAUCUUGUCUGUUUUGCGGAAGAUACCACAAUAGUGCUUUGCUCUACUUUGCAUAUUGCCUUCACUUCUUUUGAAAGCAUUUCCUGCAAAAACAGGCAUAAUGGAAAUUAUUGAGGUCUAAAUAAAUCUUUUUGACUUUUGAUACCAUGUGUGAUUGACAAAGGGUGAUAUCAAGAACUUUGGUCUUUACCCACUCCACGUUAUGCUCCGCACCGUAUCUCGGAUUGGGAAAUUUCGACAAUGCUCACUGGUACUCUUCUAAGUAUCGAUAGUUCAGAAGAACUACGCUAGUAAAGUAUUAAGCUUUCCUAAACCUCCUGUUUUGAACUUUUGAUAAACCCCGAAUGUUCUUGCCUUCAGGUAGCCGAUCUUGUUAAUAAGUUUCAAAUAGUUUGAAUUGUCUCCUGGAGUGUUCGUGAAAUUGAGGGAAAUACCGUAAGCUGUUUGGAG